UGUCAGACAUGCUCUCUACCACAAAGAAAAAACACUGCCUUAGCCUACAAGAAGAGGAAACUGUCUAAAUUUAAAGACAAAUGGCUUCUUUUGGUGCUAAAACCUUUGCCGGGAAACAUAGGAGAAAAGAAAAUUGGAGCACAAAUUUCAAAGGGGAAAGGAGAAAAAUUCUCCAUUUAGGAGGCCCAAGAGGAGGACAGGGCAAAGAAGGACUUGAAGAAGAAGAAAGAGACAGUGGCAAUGCUGCCAAUUAGCUUUGCUAAUGCUUAACUUAAAAAACAGCUGCAAAAGACUGCAAUCUUUCUAAAGAUGUGCCAGUGUUUUAGUUGUUUAGUUGUUAAUGUUUAUUAUAUUUACAGCAAAAACUCAUAGAGCUAUUAAUAAUGUUGUUGUGUAAUAAACAGUUGACAAGUUGGAAAAAGGAUUCUGCAGAGGAAAUAUCACAGAGAUGUGAAUAUGUCCCAGGAAAAUCUGUAUUUUAGGGAAAUUACCUAUUUGUCUAGAAUUUGAAGAAAUCUUGGAUCCAGUGACAUUACUGCUGGAGAACCAAAAAUGGCAGCAACUAUUGGCAACAGGAGCAGGAACAUCAACUGUAGUUAUAUAGUUCAAACAGAACUGUUACCUCUUAAUUGAUUCUAAUACAGCUUCUUCUUUGCAUUGCUGUUUUCAGGAGUCUCAGUAAAAUGGACAGAAACAGCAGUUGUAACGAUACAUUUGCAGUGGUCUUGUUACCUCCUAUCUAUGGUGUAGAGAUGUGUGUGGCACUGGUGGGGAACAUACUGGCACUGUGGCUGCUUGUGACUAAGGAGAAGAAGAACUGGCACAUGGGAGUAGUGUUUUCCUGCAACCUGAUCAUCAGUGACAUCUUUUACGCCCUCACACUCCCACUUCUCAUCGUCUACUAUUCAAGAGGACGGGUCUGGGGAUUUGGUAAUGCACUCUGCAAAAUAGAGCGCUUUCUCUUCACCUGUAACCUCUACGUCAGCAUUUACUUCAUCAUGUGCAUCAGUGUCCAUCGAUACCUGGCCAUCGUUCAUCCAAUUUUCACACGCAAACACAUUCGCCCAAAACACGGCAAGAUCAUCAGUGUGUUCGUCUGGAUAUUUGUUGCAAGCAUUUCAUCUCCAGUCCUCUACUAUUCAGGUCUGAUUAACAAAAGAUGUUCCUUUUUUGCAAAUUACAGCAGUAAAGCACUUAACCUUAGUAAGACAAGCAACAUAUUAUUUAUGACUGUUAUAGGCUGUUUGGUCCCUUUUGUUUUUACUUUUGGAUCCUAUUUUGGUGUAACAAUGGCUGUUUUUAAAAAUCCAAAUAUCACCUCACUACAGAAAAAAAGAGUGGCGUUGAUUGUGGGUUUAGGUUGCAUCCUGUACACCGUGUCGUUUGUCCCCUUUCACAUUCUGCAAAUAUGGAAUUAUAAACUGAGGGAAGAAAAUAAGACUAAUUGUUAUGUGCAUAAUGGAUACAGAGUGUCAAUGGCAUUAGCCUGCCUGAACAUGUGCCUUCAUCCCAUCCUGUACAUGGCUGUGUCUGACAGUAUCAGAGCAGUGUGCUGCAGAAGUAGCUCAAAUUAAUACAACCUGUGAUUUCACCAGUUGGAGUCAUUAUGCAAAACAGUUUCUUGUGUGUUUUUUUUUUUUAUCAUAAUAUGUUUAAUCAUGCUAUUUCACACACCUGGAGCAGUGGGCAGCCAUUCAUGUUGCGGCGCCCGGGGAUCAGUUGGGAGGAGUUCAGUGCCUUGCUCAAGGGCACCUAAGUCAUGGCCGGCCCGAGACUCGAACCCACAACCUUAGGGUUAGGAGUCAAACUCUCUAACCAUUAGGCCACAACUCCCCCCUGACCCUUUUGACCUGACAUUUUUCUUUUCACUUUUGACCUGACAUUUUUCAAGUGUUAAUUGUAGUGCAGCCGAAAUAUACAAUCGUAUCUGCCACGAUGUACAAACUUUACCGAAGGUUAGAUAAGAAUGUUAAAAUUAAAUGUAUUCAGUAUAGAGAAGCUAUAGGAGCAAAAUGAUCAAGCUGAGAGAAUACAACAGCUGCUUCUCUAACUGUAUACAGCCUUGUAAUGACAUCUUAAUAAAUAAAUGAUAUAUUCCUCCAUUACUGUCUGCAUCAUGCUUAAAGAUGUACUUUGUAUGUGUAAAACAAUCAUGUAAAUGCUUCUUGAAUGUUCUGUAAACAAUAUAAACGAGAAGUGUUUUAA